CUUCCUCAUCCACCCAAACCCAUGAAGGCAUCACUAUCGUCAGAUGCAAGUGAGAAACGGAUCCUCAUCGAUGCCGACCAGAUCAGCAAAUUCCCAGACAAUGUGUUGGUCAGGAUCCUAUCCACUCUGGCCACAGAAGAUGCCAUCAAGACUGGUGUGCUAAAAAAGCGUUGGCAGCAUUUAUGGAAGCGAGUGCCUUACCUCCACUUCGAUAUGCUAAUCGAUAUGCUCAAGGAGGCAACUCUGGAUGAGGAAGCUAUAACAAAGGUUUUACACAGUCACAAUGGUCAGCUAAAGGGCUGCUCAAUCAAUCAUUACGCCCAGCUGUGUAAAGACCCUAACAAUGUGCUCAAAACAUGGAUUCAGUUUCUUGUUCAUGAGAAAGAAACAAAAGCUCUCUCGCUUUCAAACUGCCAUGGUGAUGGUACGAGAAGCAAUCAGCUUCUGUUGUCCCCAGGCUUAUUCUCACAUCCAAACUUCGAGACACUGUUCCUAUAUCGAUACGGUUUCAAAUCUGCCGAAGCCUUCAACAACUGCCACAAUCUCAGGAUUCUCAAACUUGAGACAAUCUAUGCUGAGGUUGAUGUGUUCAACCAAGUUCUUGCAUCGUGCCCUUCUCUCAAGGUGCUUGUGCUGCAUGACGUCAUGUGGCUCAAGUACAAAAGUGCUAGCUUGAAGAUCCACAACAAGAUGCUUAAGCUCUUGCAUGUGUCUUCCGUUUAUGUUGAUUGCAUUGAUGUGUCUGCUCCUCUUCUAGAUAUUUUCUCGAGUUACUGUCUUCCUCUUGAUGGGGAAUCUGACGUCACCGAGAAGUCCCCUAAACUUUUGUUCGAUAAUCGUGAUAUGGACUUCAACAGAGUCAACAUGCACUACAACAUUUCAAAUCAAGCUCAGGAGACAGAAAGAAUCGGGCACGAGUUCGUGGUGAGCAAAGAUGCUAAGUAUUUGCAGCGGAUUAGAACUUUGGCGGUGUUCGUGAAUGUAACGAAUUUGAAACAAGUUAAGAUGCUAAGGCAGCUACUAAGUGCAUGUAAUGGAACACUGAAAGUGCUCCAUAUAUUAUUUCAGCUGCAGGAGGAAAAUCUUUCUAAGGAAGAAGGUGAAACUUCCACUGAUGGAACACAAAACAAGAUGUGGGAUGAGGGCAAACUGUUUCCCAAUGCUGAGUUCCGAGUUGAAUCUGUGUCCUUGGUUGAUUUCACUGCUUGGAAUGAAGCUCACUUCGCAAUUGCUUCGCGUUUCAUAACGGAAGGGACAGUAACCAAGAAGAUGAGGAUCAUGACGUACGUCUUUGGUUCCAGCAAGCAAGAAGUUAAGCCAAACUGAUGAAACUUCCAAAGGGUAACAAGAGGCUUCGUAUUACAAGCUUUUGAAUUUAUUUGGAUUCUUAUAUUAAUAUCUCCCUAAUAAGUCCUGUGUGACAAAGUAUCUGCUAUGAUUUUCUUU